AGCUUGUGAUCGGCGCUCUCCUGCUUUCGCGCGAAUCCUCCUGCACCAAUCUUGUACAUCUUAGAUUCGUAGGUACCUAAUAUCGAUAGCGCUAAGGAUGUUGGUCUGAGCGAUAAAUUUUAUCUCCAAGUUUUGGUAUGUUUACCUAGUACCUACUACAUACGUCAAAGCAUCGUACAAGCAUCAAUUGUAUAUACCUCGGAAUACCCAUUCAAGCACGAUGAGGACCCUACAAAAUAUCUGCAUAACCCCACAUAAUCCACAUAGCGCCCGAGACUAGCAGAAUCUAGCGAGUCUAGGUUUAGGACACGCGAAUUCGUCGGAAACUCGCUGACUCGCCAACUCGCCAACUCGCCAACUCGCUAAAUCCUCGGCCUACGAAGUACCUAACCUAGGUCCUGUCCAUGUCUCUACACGUGCUUAUCAAGAUCUAAUCGAUAAGAUAUGAGAUUGCCAAGCUAUGACUUCUUUGCGGGUCCAAAUGAUGGAGUUUUACUGAAUGCGACUAGAAACACUGCGCGAAGUCGCAGGCCAACUUAUUCAAAGCUCAUCUCUUAUGAGCGCUUACGAGCAAGACGACUGACACACGCCACAGUCCCUUCGACAUGUCUUCGAAAACUAACGGUGUUAUUAGUCCAAAGCCCUAUGGCGCAACGGGCUGGUUAACCAUACCAGCUCCCUUAGCUCGACUCUUCAAGAGAUUUCCCCUCUUAACAUAUCCUCCUAACGAGCUUCCUCUUCGUUCACCUAGAGCUAGAGAUGUAGCGACUCUAUAUGUCUUUAUAUCGGACCAAGAUGCCCUGAAUGGCUUACCUAGCUUUAAUCCAUCUUGCCUCAAAUGGCAAACCUUUCUCAAGCUGGCCGGGGUCGAUUUCCAAGUAAUACCUUCAAACAAUCACGCUUCACCAACAGGCGCAUUGCCGUUCCUGGUUCCUUCGUCGAAUCCCAAUAGCUUCGCCGCACCUUUGCCGAUACCAUCCAGCAAACUAGAACAAUAUGCAGCUGAAAGUGGCACACACAAGACCUCCGAAGUCUCAAGCCUGAAGCUUGAAGCCUAUGAAUCACUGCUCGAUCACCGAAUACGUAACGCAUGGCUCUACUCCUUAUAUUUAUCCCGCCCAAACUCAGCCCUACUUUCGCAUCUCUACGUCACACCGGUUUCCGCAUCGCAGAUCGUGAAAGCGACAAUCCUAUACCAAUUGCGCCAUGCGGCAGAGGCUCAGAUAUUAAGAUCUAUAGGUACGCUAACUAUGGAUUCGAAAAAGCUAUAUGAUGGGGCGAGGGAGGCUUUCGAGGCCUUAUCAACGAUACUAGGCCCAGGGGAUUGGUUCUUUGAAGCACCAGAGCCAAGUCUAUUUGACUCUACAGUGUUCAGUUAUACCCACCUUUUACUCGACCAGGGACUAGCAUGGGAAGAUCGGAGGCUUACUGAAAUCGUAAGCGAGUUCCCAAAUCUAGUCGAACACCGCAACAGAAUAUUACAGAAAUGUUGGGGCCAGGGCUUGGGUUAAAACAGCAAAAAGUGUUAUUUAAGGACACACGAUCAUGUGGAUUCUACAGUUUUAUAACGAACUAAUAGACGUUGUGCAGGUGCACGUACGAAUUCACGAGAUAUGAAGAUAGACAAUAUACCCCCUCUAAGUCUUGGCAGUACAUAUUAGACACCAUGAACACAAAUACCUAUGACAUGAAUGAAGACCUGGCUAAGAUAAUCAAAACAAAGAGCUUGUAGCUGUAUCAUUAUCAUCGCCUUAAAUAAGUUCGGGCUUCUUUAUACAACGACUUUUCUCUUUUUUGCUUCUCGGUUUCAGGUUAAAAAAGAAAUGCCUUGAGGUCGCCCC